GAGAAGGUGAACCUCUUCACAAGGAAAAGGACUCGGAAUUUAUCGUUUAUUGAACAAGGAAUCAGACGAUUAAGCUGUGGUUAUGGAUGAAGAGGAAAGCCCCAGACCCCGAGUCCAGAGCCUUCCGUCUGACUACAGUGAUGUCCAGCCUGAAUCUUAUGACCCGGAAUUCAUUAGCCAGAUAAGCAGCAAGAUGCAGGUGCCAUACAAUCUGGUGGGGAUGGAGGGGGUGAGGGCAGAUAGCAGAGGGGUGUCAGAACCUGAUCUCUCCUCCUUCACUGAUAUGAAGGUUCCAGACAGAAUCAUGGUGGCAGGUGAAGGGAAGCACCUAGGAGGGCGACAUGGUUUUCGACAGCUGGACUUUGAUAAAACAGCACCUUACAUGAAUUAUGUUGGACUACAGACCCCACCCAGGACCCUCACAAUGGAGGAAGCAUUAAACUUUCCCCUGUUAGAGGACAGGCAUGAAGAGGAAAGAGAACAAAACAUGUCACAAAACCAUCCACGCACAUAUGUGCCUAAUGGGGAGCUGAGCUCAAGACAACCUCAGCCCUUUAUCCCAGGAGAUUCCAUUAAUGAGUCACUUUUAAUGAAUGAUUUAGAUGAGAAUACACAAUUGAGAAAUGCAGUGGCAAAGCUGACUCGUCGAGUAAAGGACUUAGAGGACAAUGAUAGGACGAGGUCUUACAUACUGUAUCCUACUGUGAUGGUACUGUCGUUAAAGUUUCUGUAUGAUGUAUUUAUAAAGUCCAAAUGACUAUAUGGAAGAAGGCGUCCGUAAGUCAUAGGGUGACAUUCUUCAAUAAACAUUCACAUUCAACGUGGAAUUUUAUGUACAUUUUCUUUCAUUUUUAUUCUAAUUUUUUUUCUGAAUACAUGUAAAUAUUAAACGUUACAUUGAUUUACAUAGUCAAUUCAUCAGGAAGACCAAAAAAAUGGCACAAUAUAAUUACAUGUAUAUUUUAGGCAUAAAUGGUGCAGUUUCUGUACUAUAUGUCAUUUCCACACAUUUAGUAUAAUGUAUUUUGUAAAAGUAUACAUCAAAGUUUAAUGUUUUUUCUUCUAACAUUAUGUAUGCUUUGUUAAUACUUUGAGAUUAUUUUUGCCUCAUAGUCACCUGAAUAUUCAGGCUUUGGUCACAUGGUAAAUGUACUGCAGUAUUCCUGUGGAACAAAUACCACAAGUCUGUUUCCCAUUAUAUAAACUACACAUAGUUUUGUUCCAAGCUUUUCUUUUGUUUUGUUUUUGUGUUUUUGAAAAUUGAAUUUGGUUGGUGUACAAUAUUAGUAUUUGGUGAUGAGCUAGUCUAAACAUACAGUGAUCUACAAACACGUUUUCUAUCUUUUCUUUUGAAGAUAUCUGAAAAGGUCUUUCAAUGCCUACACAGGAGGUCUUGUUCUUUUUGUCAUUUGAUGGAUUUUAAGCUACUUAUGCUUUUUUCCAAUUUGGAAAAUUUAUGAUUCAAAUUCAGUAAUCAGAUGAAAGGAAAAAUAACUCUUGAAUUGCAUUUGCAGUUUAUAUAAUUUUGUUUGUCCUGACACAGUAAUAGAUUUUCUGAUUAUGUUAAUGAGUUCUUCAUUGUGACAUCUGAUAUUCAUCUUCAAUAAAAUGUUUUCAUCAGUGAUAA